GCAUGAGCCCCCCCCUCACACUUGGCGGGAUGCUGAGGAGGAGGAGGAGGAUGAAGAUGGUGAUGAAGAAGAAGAAGGAAUUAUCCCUGGCUCUGCUCGCCCUCUCUACGUUCUGCCGGGGGGCGGCUCCGUGCUUGGCCAGGAAAAUGCGGAGCGUGCGGGCCGGGCUAUCCCAGCCCUCUGGAGGCCAUGAAAGGGCCCCGGGAGCAGCUGCUCUACCUGCCCUGCAUCUACCGCAACACCGGCCUCGGCAUUCCCGACUUCCUGGCCACCGUGGAUGUGGAUCCUGAAUCCCCUCGGUACUGCCAGGUGAUCCACCGGCUGCCCAUGCCGCACGUGGGGGACGAGCUGCACCACUCGGGCUGGAACGCCUGCAGCAGCUGCCACGGCGACCCCUCCAAAUCCAGGGAUUUCCUGAUCCUUCCCAGCCUCGUCUCCUCCCGCAUCUACGUUGUGGACGUGGGAACCGAUCCCAAGGCUCCCAGGCUCCACAAGGUGGUGGAAGCCGAGGAGCUGGCCCGCAAGGCGAACGCCGCGUUCCCGCACACUUCCCACUGCCUGGGCUCCGGGGAGAUCCUCAUCAGCUGCCUGGGGGAUCCUGAUGGCAACGGAAAAGGCACUUUUGUCCUCCUGGAUGGAGAAACCUUUGAAGUGAAAGGAAAUUGGGAGAAAGGAGGAAAAAUCCCAAAUUUGGGCUACGACUUCUGGUACCAGCCCCGGCACAACGUCAUGCUCAGCACCGAGUGGGGCGUCCCCAAAGUCCUGACCCAGGGAUUCGAUCCCAAGGAUGUGGAGAAAGGGCACUACGGGCGCCACAUCAACGUGUGGGACUGGGCCGAGCGGCGCCUGGUGCAGGAGCUGGACCUGGGCGCGGGCUCCGUCCCGCUGGAGAUCCGCUUCCUGCACGAGCCGCGCGCCGCGCAGGGCUUCGUGGGCUGCGCCCUGAGCGGGCAGAUCCAGAGGUUCCACCGGAGCCCCGAAGGAAAAUGGGAAGCAGAGAAGGUGAUUGAGGUGCCCAACAAGAAAGUCCAAGGAUGGCUCCUCCCAGAAAUGCCAGGGCUGAUCACGGAUAUCCUGAUUUCCCUGGACGACAGAUUCCUGUACUUCAGCUGCUGGCUCCACGGGGACGUGCGGCAGUACGACAUCUCCGACCCCAAAAAUCCCAAACUGGUGGGGCAGGUUUUUCUGGGAGGCAGCAUCUCCAAAGGGGGAGCUGUGACCGUGGUGGAGGAUCGGGAAUUGCAGGAUCAGCCGGAGCCGUGCGUGAUCCAGGGGAAGAGGAUCCCGGGGGGGCCGCAGAUGCUGCAGCUGAGCCUGGACGGGCGCCGGCUCUACGUGACCACGUCGCUGUUCAGCGCCUGGGACCGGCAGUUCUACCCCAGCCUGCUCACGGAGGGCUCGGUGCUGCUGCAGCUGGACGUGGACACGGAGCGGGGGGGCUUGGCCGUGAAUCCCAAAUUCCUGCUGGAUUUCGGGAAGGAGCCGGGCGGGCCCUGCCUGGCGCACGAGGUGCGCUACCCGGGGGGGGACUGCACCUCCGACAUCUGGCUGUGAUCCCGGAACGUUCCGGAAUGUUCGGGAAUAAUUGGGAAUGGGGGGAUGUGGGACUGCACCUCCGACAUCUGGCUGUGAUCCCGGGAAAUUGGGAAUUCGGGGACUGCACCUCCAACAUCUGCCUCUGAUCCCAGGAAAUUCAGAAUUUAUCCCAUUUUUUCCUGCUCCUUUCCUCUCUCCAUCCCCUUUUCCCAGGGAAUUUGGGGUGCCUGGGGCUUCAUCUGCUCCCAAAAUUCCCAUUCCAGAGCAGUCUCUCCUAAAAAUCAUCUCUGAUAUUUCUGAUCAAAAAUCAAAAAUCCCAAUAAAAUUCUCCUUCCAGCA